AUGGCGUCUUCUUCUUCUUCUUCUAAUUACUCUUAUGCUUUGGAAUCGGGCGCGGACCAUGAAGUGUUUCUGAGUUUCAGAGGUGAAGACACUCGCACCACCUUCACCGCAUACCUGUACGAUGCUCUGCUGGAGAAGGGGAUUCCGACGUUCAGAGACAACGAGGGGCUCAAGGUGGGGAAACCCAUUUCGCCGGCACUCUGGCGAGCCAUCGAGGAAGCGAAGAUGGCGGUGGUGGUGUUGUCGGAGAGGUACGCCGACUCGGGGUGGUGCCUAGACGAGUUAGCGGGGAUAAUGAGGUGCGCGGAGGAGAAGGGGCUGCAGGUUUUUCCGGUUUUCUACCACGUGGACCCGAGCGACGUGAGGAAGCAGCGGGGGAAGUUCAAGGAUGCGUUCGACGCCCACGCUGCGGAUAAGGAGAGGCGAGCUAGGGUGGAGACGUGGAAGGCGGCGAUGACGGCCGUCGCUAAUUGUAGGGGAGAGCAUGUGCAGGACGGCCGGCUUGAGUUAGAAUAUAUCAAUGAUAUUGUCGAAGCAAUAUAUUCUGAAUUGAACAAUACACUACCAAGUGUUUCCGAGGAUCUUUUUGGGAUGGUACGUCGGGUGCAGGAAAUAAAAUCAUAUUUAGAGUUGGAGUCGGAUGGUGUUUUGUUCAUAGGAAUAUAUGGCAUGAGUGGAAUAGGCAAGACAACUCUGGCAAGAGCUACCUACGAUGAUAUUCGUUCUGAAUUUAAAGCUAGCAGUUUUCUUAACGUUCGGGCAGAAGGCUUGCUUGCUUCACAGGAAAGACUCCUUUCUGACAUGAAGUUGCUAAGUGCUGGAAAGAAAUGGGAUGUGCAGAAGGGAACUGAUGUGCUAGGAAAAAGGCUACGCUGUAAAAAGGUUCUCGUUGUUCUUGAUGAAGUGGAUGAAAGUGAACAAUUAAAAAAAUUAGCUGGAAAUCAGCGUUGGUUUGGUCCGGGGAGUAGAAUAAUUAUGACAAGUACAGAUAGACAAUUGUUGGUGUCACACGGAGUGGAUAAGAUAUACCCAGUAAAGAGAUUGAAUGAUGAUGAGGCUUUGCAACUCUUUAGCCGGAAAGCCUUCAAGAAUCCAAAUCCUGAACCAGAAAAUGAUCUUAUGCAAAUAGCCAAUGAUUUUGUUAAUUAUGCCAAAGGCCUUCCUUUAGCUCUUGAAGUUCUGGGUUCCUCACUAUGUGGUAAGAAAAAGGAGGUGUGGGAAAGUGCCCGAGAUCAACUAAAAAAAGUUCCUCAUGUAAACAUAAUGAAAACACUUCGAAUAUGUUUUAAUGAGCUGGAGGAUCGAAAGAAAAACCUUUUUUUGGAUAUUGCUUGUUUCUUUAAAGGAGAGGACAGAGGUCGGGUAGCAGACAUACUAGAAAGCUGCGGGUACUACUCUGAAAGCGAAAUAGAUGCUCUUAUGGACAAAUCUCUCAUAAGCAUUGUAGGGAAAAAAUUGUGGAUGCAUGGGCUGCUACAAGAAAUGGGUCAGCGAAUUGCUGCUGGUGAGCCACUUGAAGCUCGUACCAGGUUGUGGCGCUAUAAGGACUCUUGCGAUGGACUGAUGGAAAGUGAGGAAGCAGGAGCAGUUGAUGGCGUAUUUGAGUACUUGCCUGGAGAAAAAGUGGCACGGUGUAAAGUUGAUGUCUUGUCAAGAAUGAAAAAAUUAAAACUACUUAGAAUCUAUGAUGUGCAUGUUAAUCCAGGCCUCAAUUAUCUUUCUAACGAGUUAUGUUUAAUGGAAUGGCAUGGAUAUCCUUUAAAAUCCACACCAGGAAGUUUCCAGCCACUCAAACUCGUUGAACUCAUUAUGCACCGGAGUGGCAUUGAACAGCUAUGGAAAGGGAACAUGAGAUUAGACAAGUUAAAAGUUAUUGAUUUGAGUAACUCACACGACUUGAUCCAAACUCCUGACUUGGGUGGAGUCAAAAAUCUUCAGCAGUUGAUUCUUCAAGGUUGUACAAAAUUGACAAAGGUUCACCCAUCCAUUACAGCUCUCAAAAGGCUUAAUCUAUUGAAUCUAAAAGGUUGUGAAUGUCUAAGUACCUUUCCGCAGAAGAUCAAAUUAGAAUCCCUCAAAACAUUUAACCUUUCUGGGUGUUCAAGUCUAGUGGAGUUUCCAGAGGUUGACCCAAAUAUGAGACAAUUGUCUAAGCUUUAUUUGGAUGGGACUGCCAUCAAAGAACUACCAUCAUCAUUCAAACACCUUACAGGCCUUACGUUGUUGAAUUUAGCGAAUUGCCAGAACCUUUUAUGUUUCCCUACUGUUAUUUGCACAUUGGAAUUUCUUGGAACUCUCAAUCUAUCAGGCUGCAAGUGUCAGCCAGCUCUAUCGUGGGACUCCCUCUUCAGAAUGUCAGAACCGAUCAGUUUGUUCUUGCCUUCAUUUUCGGGUUUAAGCUCUUUGGAAUCUCUGGACUUGAGUGACUGCAAUCUAUUGGAUGGGUCGAUCCCGGAUGAUCUUAAUUGCUUAUCAUCAUUGAGAUCUCUUAAUCUAAGCAGCAACAACUUUACAUGCUUGCCUGGUUGCAUCUCUGAGCUUUCAAAGCUUAAAGUUCUCUACUUGAAUAAAUGUAGCAUGCUUCAAUCGUUGCCAUAUCUUCCAUUGAGCAUAAAACUUGUAAUGGCACGAGGGUGCACUUCGCUAGAAAAUUAUUCAAAUCGGUUCAUUGUGUGGACUUCUGGUGAAACAGGAUUCACUAUUAUCGAUUGCCUCGAAGAUGCUGAGGAUGAAGAGUACCAAAUUAGCCCAAUUUCUUUGUUGGAUAUGCACCUUCAACCACUGUGGCAAAAAUACAUGGAGGAGCAAAUUCAAGAAAGUGAUACAUUUUACUGCAUUUCAGGUGCUCGAAAUGAGCCAACUGAAAUUCCAGAGUGGUUCAUUCAUAAGAGCCCUGGAUCUUCUGUACCACUACCCCUGCGUUCAGAUUUGUAUAGUGAUGAUAAAUGGAGGGGAGUUGCUUUGUAUGCUGCUUUUGAAUUCCAAGAGGAUGCUAGUCAGGACUUGACACAUUUUCACAAACUCAUCUGCCGUUUGGACAUUGAUGGAGGUCCUGUUGACAAAUUCUUGGCGUUUAAAAUCCCAAAAGACAAAGUACCCCAUGUUGGGUCAUUUCGAAUUUGGUUGUAUGUGUCGCAUGAGAUUGUUAGAGAUCAUUUAGAUGAACGCAGUUGCAUAAGCCCUGAAAUUAAGUCCCAUAGCCCAGGUGUAAAUGUUAGGAUGUGUGGUGCACGUGUUCUAUUUCAGGAAGAUCUACCCGAGUUUGUUGAAAAUUUAAGCCAUGACACUUUUGGGAGCCCAGAUGAGCUGCGUCAACGUCAUGAACAAUUCAUUGAGUUUCACAUGAAUCCGAGGCAUAAUUACCAUAUUAAUGAUGCAAAAUCCAGCCAGUCCAGUUCCCAACAGAACUCCAUCCCCAGGCUGAAAAGAGAGCUCACCUCUUUGCUGCUUAGAUUAUAUCAGGAAGAUUGCGCCCGGUUUCACUUGUAUGAUUAUCUAUUUCCUCAAAGUGCGACUCCUCUUUGGUUCCAUCAUCAAAAUUUUCGAUCCUACGUGAGAUUGCCGCUGCCUCCAAAUCUAGUUUACGAUAGGGCAUGGAUGGGAUUUGCAGUGUAUGCUCUUUAUGCUGUCAACAGGCAUUCAGCUGCUAGUUCCAGCUGUGACAAUUUGAAUUCAGCAAUUUCUGUCCACUUUUCUAGUCUUUUGGGGGCCGGUGAAGACCACUUGUCACCUUAUAUAGCCUUCCCACUCUCCAGAGACAUAUUUAAUGAGUCACAUCGACUCUUGAUAUUUUACAUACCAGGGAUUCUAUUUCAUGAUAAGUUGAUCAAUCAACACAAGUACAUAUGGGCUUCAUUUGAAAGCCAAAAUCCAAGUGUGGAGGUUCAAAUGUGUGGAAUCCAUAUAUUAUAUGAGCACAAUGUGGAAGGCUUUGUGAGAACAUUAGUUCAAUGCAUGAUGACAAGCCCUCCAGCCUACCAUGAGCAUUAUUACUUAAAUCUUUUACAAACCAUGGAACAAUUGCGGGGCUGUGACUGUGCAUCAUCAUUACAAAGGUUGGAUUUUGCAGGAAAGAGGCAUCAACCCAUGCCAAAGCUUCUACCAAGUAUUCAAGAUGUAACAGGGGAAUUCAGUCCUUCAACAAGCACAUUCUUAAAUGAGGCAGGCAUUUCAAGAGACCCAAGCCUCACAAGGCUUGAAUUCUCAAAUCAUGGGAUUGAGGCAGCUGCUUUUGCUUCAACAAAUUUAAGCCCCUCCUCUAUUUAUUUAGGCAUACCAUUUCAAAAUGGACAUUGUGCAAGUACCUUGGAAGCAAGUGGCCUUGAAUCUUGGUUUAAAACAUACUUGGAGAAUCAUUGUGAGAUACGUGGAGUUUUCAAUCAUUGUUUUCCUCAACGUGAAAUUCCGGGGUGGUUCAGCUAUCAAAGCAAUGGGAGCUCAGUGGCAAUUGAGUUGCCUGAAAAUAUAUUCAAUGACCCUACUUGGAUGGGAUUUGCUUUCUGUGCUGCAUUCUCAUUUCACAAGCAUCCUACUGCUGUCCGCAAUAGCCUGCAAGGUACUGACACAGGAGGAUCACAUCGCCUUAUCUGUCAGUUAACUACUAAUUUGGGUCCUAUGACUCCUUUAUUUUUCCACAGCAUCAGUGAAGAUGAUGUGCUAAUUUCGUUACAUCGGCGUGCAUUCAUCUGGGUGUCAUUUAUACCACGGGUGUUGUUUUUAUCACAUUAUUGGACUACUCUAUGCACUUGGAUUCAAUUCUCAUUUCUAAGUGAUGGCCAAGACUCAUCCGUGUUGGACUGUGGGCUAAAUCUUGUAUACCAGCAAGACAUGGAAGAAUUCUCUCGUACAAUUGUGCGUUGCGUAACAUCUUACGUUGACUACUUGUAUCGCAUUCGUGAGUCUUCCAAGGAGGAGUCUGUUGUUUAUGGAAGACUGCCUAUUUAUCACAACGAUGACGAUAAUGUUCUUAAUGGAACUUGUGAUUACUCUUAUGAGAAAGAAAGAUUGGUCAUUCAUGAACUGGGGGAGAGUAGUGGUGAGAAUGUCCCAUACUGUUCUUACGAGGACCAAGCCACUGAAAAUAAUCAGUCCUACAAAUGUCGCUUCAUGGUAGGAGCAUAA